AUGUUUUCUCAAUUGAAUAUACUGGGUUAUGACAAUAGAAGGCAGCGAAAAUGCGGUGUUAUCGCUAAGCACGGCAGUAUAGCAAAGGUGUUUCUUAGGAGGUUUGGAAGUGUGCACGAGCUGCGACAAUCUAACCCGGAAGUCGGAGAAGUACUUCAGAUAACUGAAAAGGGUACCAACCGAAAGAUCUUCUAUCUGGUUACCAAGAAAGCUUCGUAUCCGAAACCGAAAUACUAGGAUGUCUGGAACGCUUUGUGUUCUCUUAGAGAAGUGUUGCUUGCCGAGGACCUGAGAAAAAUGGCAGUACCUAAGCUGGCAUGUGCACUGGACAACCUAGACUGGAGAAUCAUCCGAAGCAUGCUUGGGGUGGUCUUCCGGUACACAGGCAUUCGAUUUCUGGUAUGUUGUCGCAGUCCUAGACGGCUACCUCCUGGAAAGAGUGUGGAUUGUUACUUCUUCAGGAACUCAUAAUGCAAG